UUUCAAGUUGUAUUCUGGCGAUGUUUAACCUUCCUGGCAAUGAAUGUAAUCAGUACAAUAAACAAAUGCCUCAGGCCUACGUAUGAUGUGAUAUUCAUGAUAUUCAGUCCAUCAUUAUUUUUGUCAUAACAAGAUAUUCGCCUCUGUGCGAAGCGGCCUGCAAGUGCGGACGGGAUAAAUGAGAGGACGAUGCGAUUAUAUGAAACUUGUUUGGACUCCAACUGGAAUUCACAAUAAAAAAGGUUUCAAUCAUGUCCGACCUGAUCCAGACCACCUCUGACAGUCUGUGCAAACUGGUGCGCUGGGCUCACAGCCACGGAACCAUCUGCAACCUCAUCCCCAGCCUGCAGCACCUUACCUGCGGUCCCUACGGUGCCGUGCUGACACCUGAACCUGGUCCACACAGUAACAACAUCCCUGUCGGUGUGUGGAGUUGUGGCGCUGGACACGCCUACCAUUGGCCCCUCAGCGAACAUAGCAAAGGUUGUGGAGCCUUAACGAAUGUCAGCCAGGGCCAGGAGAGGUGUAUUGGAGGGCGUCCGUCCAAUAAGUUGUCAGUGAGGGCAACAUGUGACCUCUCCUGUAGCGAAGCUGCAUCAGAGGGGGAGGAGUUUAGCAGCCGGCUGUUUGAUGUUGCUGGAUGCGAUUCGUCGGCCACAGAUGAAGAUGGGGACUACGAGCCCCGCCCAUCCAGGAAAAGAGGCGGGGCAGCAGGAGGAGCAGUUGCCGGCAAGAAGGUCAAGCAGGAAGCAACAUCAGCAGAGGAUUUUGGCACUACUGUUCACUCAGCUUGCACUGGGCUGGCAAUGAUGGACACUGUCAGUGUUUCACAGGCUUGUCAGGCUCCAAACACACACACUCAAAUCACACACACACCCACGACCUGCCCUCAGCCCCAGCAUGGACAGGAUCUGGGGUGUGCAGGAUUAAUGGACUCAGAGAUGGAACUGCUGGGAGGAGGCAGCUGCAUGACAGGGACCACAGAGCAGGCUGAGAGAUGCAGCUCCGCCACAGAGACUACAGAGAGGACUGCAGGGGGGCAGAAUGAGCUGGAGAAGCUACAAGCGCUACUUUGUGCAGAACGCAACCGCAACCAACAGAUGACAGAGAUCAUCUCCAGUCUGAAGCAAGACAAAGAGCUUCUGCAGCAAGAAAUCACUAAAAAAGCUGAACUCAUCUGUGAUUUCCUGCAGGACAAACUACGACCAGAGAUGAGGUUGCGUCGUUGCCCUAAUCAGGUGGAACCAGGAUGUUCACACAUGACCUCUCCUGACGAUGUGGCGGGGCUUGAAUCGCCAACAGUGUUCGACUCAUUUGAGGAAAUGGAGCUUCACCCUUUAGAGCACCACCGGCCCCUGAAGAGCAAGAGGAGUCGGGACGGAGAAAACACCCGAGUCAGGAUGAAAAACGUGGUGGGUGUGAUAGCGCGCUACAUGGCAGCCCUCAAAGAGUUUCGCCGCAGCGUUUCCAUGAAGGUGGCCUUCGACCGGGUCGGUGUGGACCGCAACACCAUCUCCCGUACAGCGGCCAUAGCUGAGCUCAGUCUCGCCGCUCCGGAAGUGUUUCAUGCACUGGCACCGUGGGAUGAGAAGGAGGAGACGCUGGCACAUUAUGCCCACCGCUGCCGACAGGCGAUGGAUGACAACAUUAAGGCCAAGAUCAAAACAAUGAAGGCUAAAGGUGAACUGCUACCCAUUGUGUCAAAGUGAUGUGCACUUCUUUUAUAUAUGUAAAUGGAUACCCUUGGAUUGUUUGGAAUCCUUAUUCCAGGAAUUUUUUGACAAGGUUGUUGUCAAAGCAUUUUCUUUAGUUGUACCAACUUUUCGCCAUGUCCUUUACUUCUAAUGAUUGUGUGGCAGCAUUCGGGUCACAUUUCUGCUGCCGUGGGGAUUAAGUCUUUCUGUCCAGUGGAUCUCACCUUGUAUGGUUGUGAUACAUUUGUGCAAUAUUGUGACUCUGGAAAGAAUAAACUCACCAAAACCAAUCACUAUUUUAUGUGCAGUCAUGGCAGCUCAGAAUGCCAAGUUCCAACUUUGUGGUGGUCACUCAUGCAGGCUUAUUGUGUAAUUGAAUGGCUCGACCUUUGAUGUUCCAGUAAGUAGUCUGAUCAAUAAGGGACUUUUUUUUGUACUCAGAGUUCAGUGGCUCCAACUAUAUGCAUGGUAAUGUACAGUAUUCAUUCUGUUGCAUGUGUUGUUUGGUGUGCUGCCAACCAGUUUUACAAUAAACCACUGAAAACAGUUAGCAAAGUUAAGCAAGUCUCAGUUCAUGUUAGAGAGAAUCCAUCAUUACUGUGUGUCGUAAAGAAUUUCAGCCACUUGAGUAGAGGAUU